AUGGACGUCAUCUGCCUCCUCGUGUUCGCCUUUAUGCCCAUCUGCCUCGCUAUCGGCAUGUACGCUCGGGGCCGGAAGAUCGAGCGUCUCUGUGCUGAACUAACAGCUGGUGAAGCACUACGCGAUGCAGUCACCGCUGCAGAGAAGCGCGAUGAGAAGAUCAAGGAGCUCCGCCACAAGCUCGCGGCUUCCGAGGACCAGGACCAGGACAAGGAUGCAACGAUCAAGGCUCUCGGCGCCCAGGUGACAGCCUCCGAGAAUAAUGAUAAGCGCAUUGAGGCCCUCGAAGCAGCGCUUGCGGCUGCGAAGUGGAAGAACAAGCCUGAUAUGGGUAUUGUGAAGACGAUAGUGGAUGUGCUGGAGAACGAGUGGCAGAUUCCGACUGGUCUUCAGUCCCCACUUGCCGUUGUCAACGGCAAGUGGACAGUCCGCGGUUUCCUGUGUUACCGCUCAGAUAGGCCGGCUUGGUAUCAGUAG